GUACAAUCUAAAGUGGACUGCAUUUUGCAAGAAGUUGAGAAGUUUACAGACCUAGAGAAACUCUACCUCUACCUUCAGCUGCCUUCGGGUCCCAACAAUGGAGACAAAAGCGAUCAGAUCUCCAUGUCGUCCAGCCGUGCCCAGCAGAUGCACGCCUUCUCGUGGAUACGGAACACCUUGGAAGAGCACCCUGAGACAUCCCUUCCCAAGCAGGAGGUUUAUGAUGAAUACAAGAGCUAUUGUGACAAUCUUGGCUACCACCCAUUAAGUGCUGCUGACUUUGGAAAGAUCAUGAAAAAUGUCUUUCCAAAUAUGAAGGCCCGUCGUCUAGGCACAAGAGGCAAAUCAAAAUAUUGCUACAGUGGACUGAGGAAGAAGGCUUUUGUGCAUAUGCCAACACUGCCCAACCUUGACUUUCAUAAAACUGGAGAUGGGUUGGAUGGGGCAGAGCCGUCUGGACAGCUGCAAAAUGCUGAUGAGGAAGUUGUCUCUGCAGCCUGCCGGCUUGUUUGUGAAUGGGCCCAGAAAGUGCUGAGCCAGCCUUUUGAUACAGUCUUGGAAUUGGCUCGUUUCCUUGUAAAAAGUCACUAUAUUGGUACCAAGUCAAUGGCAGCUUUAACAGUAAUGGCAGGUGCACCAGCAGGAAUAAAAGGGAACCCCCAGCCCUCAGCUUUUAUACCUACUGCUGAAAGUAAUUCCUUUCAACCGCAAGUGAAAACUCUGCCGUCUCCUGUUGAUGCCAAGCAGCAGCUGCAGCGUAAGAUCCAGAAGAAGCAGCAAGAACAGAAACUGCAGUCUCCUUUGCCAGGAGAGUCUCCAGCAAAGAAAACGGAAGGCACCACGACCAACGGCGUGACCAGUAUAUCGAAUGGAAGUCCUGCAAUUCUCUCUCCUCCACCUAUUGGCAUUGUUGUGGCAGCUGUCCCCAGCCCAAUACCGGUGCCAAGGACCAGGCAGUUGGUGACAUCUCCAAGUCCUGUGGGAUCGUCUGAUAGCAAGGUCCUGCCACUCAACGUUCAGGUGGUCACUCAGCACAUGCAAUCAGUCAAGCAGUCACCAAAGACUCCCCAGAACGUUCCCGCCAGCCCAGUUGGUGACCGCUCUGCCCGGCAUCGCUAUCCGCAGAUCUUACCGAAGCCAGCAAAUACCAGUGCUCUCACCAUCCGCUCUCCCACGACGGUGCUCUUUACCAGUAGCCCAAUCAAAACUGUUGUGCCAGCUCCACAUGUGAAUUCCUUAAAUGUGGUAAAAAUGACAGCAAUAUCUCUUGCCCCAAGCAGCAGCAGUGUGCCCGUCAAACAGACAGCUUCAGUUAGCAGUAGUGCCGGAGCAGCGGAGGAAGGGCGGACUGGUCCACAGAUCAAAACUGGAUCUGUUGUUUCGCUUCAGUCUCCGGGAUCCAAGCCUAGCACUGUUGUAGCUGCACCUGCAGUCAAGAUCAAAAUGGAACCAGAAGCAUUGCUGGAUGAGAAUUCAGUACAGGGCCAAGAGAGCUCUGACGUGUCUAAAUCCAUAAAGGCAACCCCUGACCUGCCUCCUGCUCAACUGAUUAAUUUUGAGGUUGCAACCUUGAAGGUUUCAGCUGAUGAUGUCAUGGAGGCAAAACCAGUUAAGGGCUGUGAUCAGGGAGCUGAAGAAGCAGGGACCAAAUAUAAAACACAAUCUAAUGAGAUCACACCAGUUUCUUCAGCAGGCAAUAAUCAAAGCACUCUAAAGCUCUCAGUUGCCAGUCAGAACUUGUCCAGCACCAGCAUUGGUUCACCUCCUACCGGUGAGUCUACGAUUAAAGACAAAACAUGCACUAAAAGUCCAAGAAAGCGACAACCUUCUACACUUCAGGAUUCCCAGGUACCACCUGUAAAGAAACCACUGGUGGAGCAGCUUUCAGCUGGUAAUGCUGUGGAGGGUCAAAAAGCAAACAGUGUUAAGAAGUCUCCAAAGGCUGGAUCAUUAGCUAACAGUGACAAUACAGCAACACUUGCUCAAGUUCCCAGCAAGGCACCUGUACCUUCUGCAGCUGCAGCAAACUUAGCGACAGACCUUUCUUUGAGCACCGAUUUAAAUACCAGUGAUUUGACUUUAGGACAGCAGCUUGGAUCAGCAUCCUCUCCAGAUAUAAAAGUAAAAUUGGAAGGAAACAUGUUUAUCAUAGAAAAUGAUUCAAAAUCUGAUGGCAGCUUUAACCCAAAUACGUGGCACCAUAUUGCCAAAACCUCCGACUUUGCAUCUGUGAAUUGUGAACAGCAGCAGGAUAUCAGUGUUAUGACUAUUGCAGGGCACUCUGGCUCUAGUGACUUACAGGAAUCGGCAUGGGAGCCAGCGCACUGCGAAGGGAUACAGCAGGACGCAUACAAUCAGCAGCUGCAGAGCCAGCUCCAGGACUCCUCCUUGGGUCAGAUACAAGCACAGUCUUCAAAUCAGUUACCUCUGCAGUCUGAGCUGAAAGAGUUUGAACAUACGGUCCCCCAGUCAAAUGAAAACUUCUUUUCGUUUGAUGAUGACCUUACCCAGGACAGCAUUGUGGAGGAGCUGGUGCUCAUGGAGGAGCAAAUGUCCAUGAAUAAUUCUCAUCCUUAUGGUGGUUGUCUAGGAAUGGCACUUCAGAGUCAGACUGCAGCUCCAGGAGCUCCCGUGUCAUCUCAUCCAAGCAGCACACACUUUUACCAUUUGAUCCAUAACAACAGCACUGCGAUUCACACUCCCACCCCCACCCCCACUCCAACUCCCACCCCGACCCCGACUCCAACACCCACCUCUGAAAUGAUCGCUGGAUCUCAGAACAUGUCCCGAGAGAGCCCUUGUUCGAGGCUGGCUCAGACAACUCCCGUAGACAGUGCUCUAGGAAGCAGCCGGCAUACGCCCAUUGGCACACCGCAUUCGAACUGCAACAGUGGUGUCAGCAAUUCUUCGGUCGCGAACCAUGGCAUCCUCACGAGCUAUCAGGAGCUGGUGGAAGACCGCUUCAGGAAGCCUCAUGCUUUUGCUGUUCCUGGCCAGUCAUACCAAUCUCAGCCACGCCACCACGAUACUCACUUUGGUCGUGUGACUCCUGUUUCGCCUGUGCAGCACCAGGCAGCCCCCGUCAGUAGCACCACCAAGCAAGAGGGCUUUGCUGUUCCUGCUCCUUUGGACAACAAAGGGACCGGUUCCUCUCUCAACAACAGUCUGAGAUGCCGGAGCGUGAGCCCUGCUGUCCAUCGCCAGCGUAAUCUCAGCGGAAGCACUGUUUACCCUGUUUCAAAUAUACCACGCUCUAACCCGACACCUUUUGGAAGUCCAGUGACUCCGGAAGUUCACAAUGUAUUUGCUAAUAUGCAUGCAGACACCAGUGCCAACAACAUAGCGCAAAGAAGCCAGUCAGUCCCGCUGACUGUGAUGAUGCAGACAGCCUUCCCGUCUCUGCAGAAACAAACAAACACUAAAAAAAUAACCAACGUGUUGUUAAACAAACUGGAUUCUGAUAGCGAUGAUGCAGUGAGAGGUUUGGGAAUGAACAACAUGCCCUCAAAUUACACAGCCAGGAUGAAUCUCACUCAGAUUUUGGAGACAUCCGCCGCUUUUCCUAGUGCCAACCCGCAAAAUAUGAUCAAUUCCAGCACUUCAGUUUAUGAAUUCCAAACACCAAAUUACCUCACAAAAAACAGCAGCACCGAUCAGAUCAGUUUUUCUUCUGGAGAUAACCAAGCACAAUCAGACAUCGGAGAGCAGCAGUUAGAUUUUAGCAGCACUGUAAAAGACCUUUUAGGGGAGGACAGUCUGCCAACAAACCAGCAGCUGGUGAAUCAGGUGGCAUCAGAUCUCAAUAACGUUGCAUCUGUCUUUUCCAGCGACAUCAGGUUGUCUUCCGAGCUCUCAGGCAGCAUUAACGAUCUGAACACUUUAGACACAAAUCUACUGUUCGAUCCAGGUCGUCAGCAGGGACAAGACGAUGAUGCUACACUGGAGGAAUUAAAAAAUGACCCCUUGUUUCAACAGAUCUGCAAUGAAUCCAUUAACUCAAUGACUACAUCAGGUUUUGAGUGGAUGGAGAGUAAGGAUCAUCCUGCUGUUGAAAUGUUGGGUUAAUCUUGUUUUGUAAUAUGUAUGUAGCACACUGUAUCUAAAGACAGACGUAUUGUAUUUGUCUUAAUGGAAGUGCCUCCCGCAGCAGAAACACUUGCUAUGUUUUGUGGCAUUUUUAAAAAAGUUUGCUGUACCCGUUGCUCAUUCUUCAGCAGGGAAAAGGCAGUCUUACCAAUUUUAAACAAAUCUCUGAAGGUCAUGGGCUAUCAAAGAGCCAGUAUUAAAAGUUGAAUUUUAUAGUGUUUCCCAUUCAACAUUCUUAUUGUAGCAAAUAAAGAAGUGGUUAAUAGCCAGCCAGCAGUGACAGCUAUGGUUGAGGCUUUUUAAGUUGGGCUCGUUAGUAGGCUUUCCAUACUUUGUAUUGCUUGUUACUUCUCAGUAGAUGACCCUUACUGACCUUUGUCGUUCAGGUCUGAAGUGCAGGGUGC